AUGCCUACCAUGCGACCAGCCACGGCGCUGGUGAUGGGCCUCGCUGCCUUCUCCGGCAUGGCGGACGCUUUCUGGCGUCUUCCUUGCCGUGGACGCAGCGGACUUGCUCGUGUUGAUCCUUUGAUGGACCCCGGCAAGCCCUCGUACCACGUUCACGCCGUUCACGGAUCUAGCGCAUUCGGUAUGACUGCCGACACCGAAACCCUUAGAGCCGGUCAGUGUACUUCUUGCGGUGUGAAGCAAGAUAAAUCCGCGUACUGGGCUCCUGCUCUGUACUUCAUGCACGAGAAUGGCGAAGCCGAGAUCGUUGAGGAAGUGGGAGGCAUGCUUGCUUACUAUCUUCUGUACGGCGACAAUGUGGAGGCCUUCCCUGAUGGGUUCCGCAUGAUUGCCGGUGACCCGUUCUUGCGCGACUUCCCCUGGCCCGUUCCCGAUCCCCCCAAGUCCGAGUGGAGUGGUGAACAAGCCUCCCAGAAAGCGCUUGCGCAGAAGGCUAUCGGAUUCAACUGCCUGAACUACGCUAAGACCCCGGAACCGUCUCUUGGCCGCCAUUUCCUCCCCAACAAGACGUAUCUCGACGAGCAUUGCACCGACGGCGUCCGCUUCGAGCUCAUGUUCCCCUCCUGCUGGAACGGCAAGGAUGUCGACACCGAGGAUCACAAGUCGCAUGUUCGCUACCCCUCUCUGGUGAUGGACGGAACCUGCCCCGAGGGCUUUGAGCAUCGCAUUGUCUCGCUGUUCUUCGAGACUAUCUGGGACACCUAUGCAUUCAAGGAUAAGGAAGGCUACUUCGUUCUCUCCCAGGGUGAUCCCACCGGAUACGGUUAUCAUGGUGACUUCAUGCACGGUUGGGAGCCCGGUGUCCUCGAGCAGGCCGUCGAGCAGUGCACCAACCCCUCCGGUGAGGUUUCGGACUGCCCCAUCUUCGAGCUCCAAAGCGAGGCUGAGCAGCUCCUGUGCAAAUUUGACGUGCCGGAGAUCCUGAAGAGUGAAGAAGUGGAGAAGUGCACUGGUAUCCCCAACGGCCUCUCGAUCGAAUGGGGCCCUAACUACGCAUACCCCAUUUCCUACACUACUACCGCCGCCGCCCCCUCGCCCACCACCAGCAAGGAUUCUGGUUUCUCGCUCGACCUGGGAGGAAUCCUCGACGGCCUGCAUAUCAACAAGGCCAGCUCGACCACGACCACGUCUUCGAGCUCGACUUCCACCUGGACCCCUACCCCCACCACCUCAUAUGUCCAGGGAGCUGUGACGCAGGCGGUUGUCUACGUGGAGCGGGAGGUGGUCGUGCUGGUUGAUGGACAGGGCAAGGUCCUCGGCACCCAGACCGGUGACUUGGAGACUGUUUCGACCUCCUACUCUACCACCACCGAAGUCGUGUCGACCAUUGUGUCUACCCCUACCGACCCCCCUGCCAAGCGCCACCACGCCCACAAGCGUCACGGCCACGGCCACGCCCAUGCGCACUAA